CUACUGCAUGUUUGGCCUCACUUGCAGACUUGAGUGAAUUAUUUUCUAAUCGUCUUUUUAAGAAGUUGUGAAAUAUGGGUCGGAAAAGCAGAUAUAAGAAGUACAAAGCAGUAGAUCCAUUUUGUGUAGGCUCGAGAAAAAGAAAUUUGAUACGUCUUGAAAAGGUAUUCAACAAACCACCAAAUAAAGAGGAUUUUGAACAGAAACCACCCAAGGGUUUCAUCGAGCUGAUGAGUUCAUUGAAGGAAGAUGGUGUUCGAAAGGAAAAGAAGGCUGAAAAGAAGAAGAGAGAGAACGAAGAGAGCAUGGAGGAUAAUGGGGGAAACAGGAGGAAAAAGAAAAAGUUUGAAAGACAUCAUUGGGAAUCCGAUGGCCAGUACAUUGCCAGAGUGGAUAGGAUAGCCACAAACGUUGUGAACAAGGAGAAGAUGGAUAUUCUAAAGAGUGGAGGAGAUAAGGAGGCGACUCCAAAGAAACUCACCAAAGAAAAGGAGAGGAAACUGAAAAGGAUAAAAAAGACAGCAGCAGAAGCCAAAAAAAAGAAACUGGAAGAACAGGAGGAAUAUGUGAAAGCAGCCAAAAAUGAACAGAUGCUAGAUUCCCUGGAGAAGGAAAUGAUGAAAGAUAAGGUAUUAUUUGGAGAAGUUGCAUUGGAACCGCCGACAAUCACCAAAGCACCCAGGAAGGGCCAAGAUGUAGUAAAGCCUGGUCAACGAGAACUGCUUCUUAAAGGACUCAUGUCAGCGGACCAAUCAGGUACCAAGCCAACUCAGCAGCGCAAGAAGGCUGGACAGGGCGGGCCAGAUAGCAAGAGCGGCCAGAAGAAAGGGAAGAGGAGAAAAGACAUGUCUGCUCUGGAGAAGUCACGCUUUGACGAGACGAGAAGCUCGGUUAUAGAAGCUUACAGGAAGCAGAAGAAAACCACAAGGAUAUCAUUGCCAUUGCCAGAUGAAGAUUUGAGGUGAUGGAUGGAUGGAAGGAGUUCAGAGACUGAAAGGACAUUUUAUGUGAUACGCCGGAGCCCCAAGGAUGGGACAUAUUUAUAGCGAUGUUGAUCCAGGUUAGGCCGAUGGUCAGUGCAGUCAUGAAGCAGCAGAACUGAUUAGGUGAAACCAUGCCAUAAACAAGUCCUAAAUUUGUUGUCAAUGGAUUAAUGAGUCAGUACUGCAGACAUAGUAAUGAGACUGACACCAGGGGGCGUUUCACAGAACUUGUCAUCAGUGACAAAUGACAGUUUUUGUUAUAAGCUACUGAAAUCCUUGCUUUUGAUUGGUUAUCAGCAGAUUUGUCACUGAUUUUUGCCAUUUUUAAUUGAAAAAAGGCUUUGUGAAACAGGCCCCAGACCAACAAUAGACCGACCAUACAUUAACAUUACCCAAAUAACAGAAAAUUGGUCUAUUUAGAGUUGGUUUGGGCAUGUGACUGAUGUAUUAAGAGGACAUUCUGUAGUUCAACUGAUGUAAUUUGCCAUCAUUAUAGCCUUUAACCCAUGAUUUAUAGUUGUAACUUUUAGAGACUUAUGUGCAGAAAUUCUUUUCUUUCUGUUUAUGCUAUUAUGGAAUUUUUCUUCUGAUCAGGGCCCCGUCUUACAAAGAGUUGAUAUCAAUUGCAACUAUGUACAUAAGAGAUAGGAGACUGCUAACUUGGGAUUAAAUGGGAGGACUCGCGAUUAAUUUGGAUCAAUGGCAACUCUUUGUAAGACAGGGCCCAGAUGA